CACGAUGUGUCACUUACAGCCUUUGAGAGUGUUUUACAGGCGAGUUCUCUUACCCACUGUACUGCCACGGUGACACUUCCCGCGGUGCAUUGUUCGUCACCUCGACUCGGCACUGUGACUCGGUCCUCGCUCCAAGGGCAUUUCCCGAGUUCCAUAGCUCAGCGGACGGAGCAAUGAUGCUGAAAUUGUUGAUCUGCAGAAUGUCAAUCCACAUCCGCGGUUGCGCCUUUUCCCCAUAUGCGAAUCACGGUGGCGGAAUUAGGAUGUUUAACACCGCCGACGACUCGAUUUCGGACGGAAUUCCCUGGAGAAAACGCAUACUGCAUCUUGGGUGUAUCCGAGACCAGCUCGUUCGCUGAAAUCAAAGCUUCGUUCCGGAAAUUGGCCAAAGAAACUCACCCUGACCGCGCCGAGUCGAACACCACCGACUCCAAAGCUUCCUCUCAACGCUUCAUCCAAAUCUUGGCAGCAUAUGAGAUCCUUUCGGAUUCCGCGAGAAGAGCUCACUACGACUGCUACCUGUUGUCUCAGAGAAAGAUAGUGCAGAGACACUCUAGUUCUAGACAAGGUUCAAGGUUGCAAAUGUAUAACUCGCAUGCUAGUGAUAUUAGAGAGAUGGAAGUUGUGGAAUGGUUACGGUGGUAUAGGUCAGCAAUAAAUGAUAUAGUGGCAGAGAGGAGGGUUGCUGUUGGGACGGGUUAUUUUGAUGUUCUCGAAGCCGAUUUUUAUUCGGCCAUCCAUUCUGCUUUUUACGGUCCUGAAAUCGAGUCUAUGGACCUUCUUCCAGACCGUUUUGAAGCGGAGGAAAGAUCUGUUUAUGAAACUCCAGAGGUGUUGCACUUGGUUUCUGGAAGGGAUGUUUUUGGAAUGGUCUCCAUUGUCAAUGAUAUUCUUGAAUUAUCUCCUUCUGCUGCUAUGAAAUUAAGUCCUACAUUUAGCAGUUUGGAGAUGCAUCAAUCUCCUGAGAAUGUGAGAGCCAAUGAAUAUGGCCAUGCAAGCUCUAGGCAUCAUGUGGGACGCACUGGGAGAUAUUCGCCAGAUGCUUAUAAAGAUCUAGAAUUACAUAUAUGUGGAUCUGUGGUUGCUGUGGCGAGUAGAACUCCUCCUAAAUGCCAAAGCCAUGGAGUGCAAAAUGAAGAUCUGCAAGAUGAAAUACGUGUUUUCCUAUGUUCCAACGGUAAUUCCACUACUGUUGGGAAUGUAUCGUCCGAAAAAUCAUUUUUAGGAGAUCGGAUUCCACUGGGAAGUAUAAUUGGAUUGGGGACCAGUGCUGAUGAAGGAUCAUGCUCUGUGUAUGACAGCUGUGGUAAAAAUACCCACACUAUUAUGAAACACAGGACAUUCAUGGUAGAAAUCCUUAUUCGGUCAAGGUACAUUUUUCCUCAUUUUUGCUUGUUACUUGCAGGUGAAGCAUAUGCACUGGUAUGCUCUGGGAGAUAAGGUUUCUGUUUGUGAGUGUAGAUGCAGUAGAGCUCGGUUACCUCCAAGCAAAUUUUGGCUGUUUGAGCCUCGUUGUGGCAUGCACGAUAUUGGAGGUUGGUACAUUGAAACAUUUGGUCGGGACAGGAAAGGUCACACAGUGACAUCACAAAGAUAUUGGGAUGGUUGUGAUGGAAGCGAGCUAUAUGACAAAAGACUCCACCCAGCAAUGUAUUUGCUUGCUCUUGCUUAUAGAACUCUAGACAUUGAAGAAGGAAGAAGGAGAAAAAGACAAGUUACAGAUAUUGUUGGAAAUAAAUUAUUGAGGAUUCUCCAUUGGUGCAAAAGAUUUGCAUAGACCUUACCUUCAACAUUAUACACAUCUGCAGUGGAGAGGAAAUGUUGAGUCCAUAAGGGUUUGAUAGAUGGAUAUUAUUGAAAGCCACUCAAUUGGCAUUCGGUUAUGGGGACUGCUGAUAAUUCUGGCAGAAGCUGUUCUUCCUGCCUGGUUUGCUCGCCCUGAAUUGAGUAUUGUCCACCUGCUAAUGCUCGACAACAUCUGUCUCUGCAGUACGCUGGUCUUUCUUCCGCAGCUUUGCCAGCUGCUGCUAAAUUAUGGUCAGUCUUAACUUCUCCAGGUGGUCUGGAAGAAAUCUCCUACUGGUGCAGCAAAUAUGUGUAAGGAAGUGGUUAAGCACCAUACAUGGGCCUGUAUAAGAUCCAGCAUAACCUUCUCCCAACAAUUCGAGUUAUUGGGACCAACUGGUUCAUGACAUGGUAUCAGAGCUGGUUGUCCGUGAGGUCACGUGUUCAAGUCCUCACGACCCCCAAUAUUAACCAUUGUCUUUCAAGCACAUGGUAUGGCGGGUCUGUGCAAACUUCAAGUCCACGAGUCGGCUUUCGUUUGAGUGGGUGUGUAAGGAAGUGGUUAAGCACCAUACAUGGGUCUGUAUAAGAUCCAGCAUAACUUUCUCCCAACAACUCGAGUUAUUGGGACCAACUGGUUCAUGACAAUAUGAACAGUGACACUCCUGCACCCAGUAAGGCUCCCUUCCCCACCUGUGUUUGUUUCAGCGGAGUCACUUCGUAAGGUCAGCAUUUUUGUUCAAUUGCAUCCUAUAGCUUGAGCUUAGCCUGAGCAAUUGGGUUCCAUUCUUCAGCUCAAUCAGCAGCCUGGCUGGCUGCAACAACAGAGAGAGUCCGCUUGUUUUGUUCUGCAGACAAUCUUUUCUUUCUUAUGGUAUCUCACUCAGCCUUGGAGGUUCAUUGUUUCUAAUGGGGUGGCCAGCGAAGCAGAGGUGAUCUGGUGGCGCGUGGCUGGAGAUGGGCGACACACGUGGGUAAGUGUGUCUGGUUGUGGGCCUUGCACGAGUCUUUCUGCGUGUCCGCGCCGGUUCAAUCAGUGGAGAAAUUGUCCGGGGGUUGUGGCUUAAUGAGUGUAGAACUAGAACCUGUCCUUAUCUUUUCCGCGGAUCAAUCUUUUCACUUGCUUAUUUAAAAGAUUGGAGUAAGAGUGGCUGAUUCUUGAUUGAGAAGUUGUGAAAUUUUUUUCUUUUUCGGUGAAAGAUAUUAUGGAUGAGUUUUACGGUAUACUUUGAAUCUGUUUGUAUAGAAUUUGUUACACUGUUGGUAAUUGUUGUUUAUAUGUUAAACAAAAAUGGUAAACAUUAAAUUAGUGAUUGUAAACGAUUUGUAA